AUGGUGGACAUCGACAACGUGCUGGUGACACUGGGCAUGGGCCGUUACCAGUUCAUGGGUUGCAUUUUGUUCGGCCUAAUGAUAAUGUAUUCAAACGUGUCACCGGUCGCCUACGUCUUCACGGCCAGUGAUUUGAAAUACAGGUGCGAAAUACCGGAAUGCGACGGUCCGAACCUGGAAGGACGUACUUACGAGCCUAAAUGGUUGCGGUUCACGACGCCUUACAGAAACGACACGAAUCAGCCUCGCAAGUGUCUGCGGUAUGCUGUGUUGUCUGGUCCGCUAAUAAACGGUACACGUUGCUUGUCCGGUGGAUUCAACGAAAGUGCGACCGAGUGGUGUCGCAAUAACUGGGUGUUCGAAGACUUCGAAAACACCAUCGGCAAGGAGUUUGGACUCAUGUGCGAGGAUAACAAAUGGAAGCUAUCAAUGGUAGGUACGAUCAACAACUUCGGUCAAUUUAUCGGAAUACCAUUGUCAGGGAUCAUUGCUGACUGGUACGGCCGAAAAUUUACCAUGGUGUUUUGUGCAGUUUUAUCGGCCACCUUAAGUAUCAUCCAGUCGUUUUCAAACAGUUAUUCGAUGUUCAUGGUCUUAGAAUUUUUGUCUUCGAUCAUCUCCAGUGGAAUUUACACGGUUACUUUUAUAUUAGCAAUGGAGCUGUUUUUGCCACACCAGCGUGUACUGUAUUAUUCGGUUCUAGAAUGUUUCCUACCGGUUGGCUCUAUUCUAGUGGCUUAUACCGCCAAAAUAGUGCAAGACUGGAGGAUUUUGUUGCGGCUAAUCAACAUCCCGGGAUUGCUGUUCUUGUCAUACUUUUGGCUAACAGAAGAAUCGAUGAGGUGGUUGGAAAGUCAAGGCAAACACGACCAAGUGAUCAACGCGCUCAAGAAAAUAGCUGCUGUCAAUAAAAAGCCUUUUCCUGACCUCCCUACAAACACCCAAGUGCAGAGCGUGGACAGUUUGGACGAUCAAGACUCAAAUUUCAGCAGUAUCAUCAAAGACAUUAUCCGCUCUUCGACAAUAUUUUGGAGGAUGAUUAGGUGUUCGUAUGUGUGGAUAGCGGUCACCCUUGUAUACUACGGCCUGACGAUUAGCUCGACGGACAUCGCCGGAGACAAAUAUCUGAACUUCUCGUUGGUGUUGUUCGUCGAGAUCCCGGCUUGUCUGUUGAACUGGUUGAUAAUGGAAGGCAUGUCAAGAAAAAUGUCACUCUGUUGCAUGUUUGUGUUCAGCGGCGUCACUUGCGUCACGUACAACUUGAUGCCCAGCGAAUUAUACUUGAUAAAGCUGUCGCUGUUCUUGGUCAGUAAGCUCGCGAUAUCCAUCGCGUUUUGCAUCAUUUACAUGCUGACCGCGGAGAUAUUCCCCACCAGGAUGCGAGCCACCAUGAUGUCCAUGUGCUCCAUGCUGGGUCGGAUAGGGUCCAUGUUGUCGCCUCAGGCCACGUUGCUGACGGAGUACUUCGGCGUGUACGCGACAAUGCUCGUGUUCGGCAUGACCGCUCUGGCGGCCGCGGCCAUCACGAUGACUCUGCCGGAAAGUAAAAACAUCAAAUUGCCCGACACCAUCGACGAAGCCAAAGGGAUCGGUACCGAUGUCAAGCCAAAAAUCAUUGACAAAAACUCGCCGUAGAGUUCCUAUUACCACUGUACAAUAAUAAUUAUGCAUAACAAUAUGGUCGAUUUCGGCAUAACAUUGUUAUUAGGUAUUAUUUAUUAUACGUUUAUAUACGCGACCGAGACAGGUUUUUAGUGUCGCAGUAAUAUGUAUAGAUACGAUUAUUACGCACCGACCGCCAGUUAAUUUACUAUGUGCGCCUACGGUAUCCGGUUUGGGGGCGCACACUCGUUCGAAAGAGCAGGUGAUAACUGAUCAAGCCCUCAGUCAUCACCCCGUUGACUUAAUAUUAAUGAAAACGACUUAGUUUAAUUUGUGUACCGAUAUUAUAUCAUGAGUUAUAAUCGCGCUGUUAUUUACAUUGUUUAGUUUAGCGGCUUUCUAAUAAUAUUUGACAGACUUUUUUUUUUAAUUCUUAUACACAAGUAUUUUAACACAGUUGUUAACAUUUAGUCAUUGUAAAUACCACUCAUUUUUUACUGUUACGACCUGGUGUAAAGAUACCUAAUUGAAAGCCAUAGAACUAUACGGUUUGACUCUGUACGCUCACGCUAUAUGACUACUAUGAUAUUAAACCUAUACGAAUUUGUAAGUAUGCAGAAAUAUGUUUAUUAGUGUCAAUAAAUAAACUAAAUAAGUAAC